AUGUCCAGCCUUCAUCAUCAUCAGCUACCAUUUCUUUCAGCAUCGGCACCAACAGGUUCAUCCUCUUCUCCAAUUAUGAUGGCUCACAACCCUCAUCGGAUACGAGGAGGAAUAGAUGUAUUUGAUACCGAGUUCAAUAUUGGAAGCACAGAAGAUCAUCAUGACGAGGAAGUUGACCCAUUCCAACAACCAGAAGUAGACUCUACGUCGUGCUCAUACGACUCUUCGUCAUGCUCUUCUUUUUCUUCCGCUUCCUUGUACCCUUCAUCCUCUUCUAUGGCCAUGAUGAUGCAUCAUCAACAACAACAACAACAACAUGUACCCAACAUUCAAUGCUCUCGUAAUAAUUUCCAUGGUACGAGAGGUGGUAAAUUCCAUUCAUCCUUUGAUUCUGUGCUCUCGGAUCAGCAACAUGACUUUUCAGACUCUCCUUCCACACCAGCGGGCGCCUUGUUCCUCAUGGAUGGUGAGCUGGGUCAGCAACACAACUUUCACUACAGAGAUGAAUGGAUGACUACCGACGGAUCAACAAUCUCGUCCAAUCCUUCUUCCUCCUCCACUCAUAGAAGCGGAGUGGUGCCCAUCAUGAAACACCACCACAGCACGACUGGUAGCAGUAGUGGUCUUGGAGGUUCAUCUAAAAAGAAGGUUUCCUAUUCGCUCAAUGAUUUUGAAGCAGAGAAACCAACUGGUUUGUCUGAGUUGGAACAAUUAUUUGCCAAUAGAAAGACUUUCAAUUCUCUCUCAAAAAAGUAUUCUACUGAUAAUUUAAUCAAAGAGCAACAUAAGAAGAAUAGGAAUAAGGCAGCAGCAGUGAUAGGGACUGGAAAUAAUAGUGGUAGGCAAGGAUUUAAUUCUCCAUUGCUGAGUACGGGCUCAGUUUCUUCCUCGUCGUUAUUGGAGCCAACUUCUUCCCUAAUUCGAGUAUCUAGAUCGACUCCUGAGCUUUCGGGUGACACGUGCAUUGAUUCUUUCCAAGAUGUUAAGAAAAUUAUACAAUCGUAUUAUGAAUACGAAACAUUCAUGGAAACAACGGAUGGGAGAGAAGAAUUGAGACAAUAUCUAACCAAAAGACAUAACGAGGAGCUAUUACUCAUGUUGGAAACUAGAAUUGCAUUCCUUAGUUUUUAUGAUUCUGAUUUUUAUAAUGAUAGGAGAGGCCUCUUGAAAGUGAAAGAAUUUCAAAUGAUUUAUAACCAAUUCAUUGAUACUGACUCUCAAUUCUGUAUGAAUAUUGACUCGGCCAUUCGAAACAAAUUUGUUAAACUAAAUCCACGAGUGGCACAAGUAACUAACGAAGAUGAAGCCAUAGCAAUUGCUAAUGAGAUUGAUGAGUGUUUGGAUGUUCUUCACUUUUCUGUCACUCUUCAAAUGAAGACUGAAAUAUUUUCUCAAUUCAAGAAAACUGAAGAGUUUCAAACCUUUAUUCUUUCCAAAAUUAUUGAGCUACAAGGAAAGAAGGCAUGGGAUGACUUGGAAAGGCAGUCAAGUCCAGUACUGGGAUCUUCUCCUGUGAAGGCCUCAUCCUCUGCGGGAGGAGGCGGUUUCUUCUCACUCUUCAAAAAGAACAAACAACCUCAAAACAGUAUCAUCAAACGAUUUGAAGAAAAGUCAAUUGAGGAAUUUCUUAUUGAAAAUGAGCUCUCGGAAUAUUGUAGUCAAUUCAAAAAGAAGAAGCUCAAUAAUAUGAGUCAAAUUCAGGAUUAUACUUGCGAAGAUUAUCUAAAAGUUGGUGUUGUCAAGGGAUCUCAUCAAGCUCGAUUGGUGCGACUUGUUGGACAGUAUUUCAGAAGCUAUUGUAAACUUGGAUCCUCAUUAUCGUAA